GAAAACGUAAUAAUAUAGAUUAGAUUUAUUUGAUAUUGUUAGGGGGUAUAAGUACCAAAACCUUGUUGCAGCAGUCUUUCCUUUUGCUGGCGCCUCUUCAAGAUCCACAAAAACCCUAGAAACCGCCAAACUUUCUCAACAAGGGGAGGUGAGAGAAAGAGCCACCAACGCAAAAGAAGAAAAGAUCAAGAAUUCACUCUCAUCUCUUUUUUCUUUGCGAUCUGAAUCUAAAAGCUCAGGUUACAAUUAGUGAAUGGCAUCUACACAGCAAGUCCCUGCGGGAAUUACAGCUCCUGCUCCUGAUGUUGUUGGGAAUGCAUUUGUCCAUCAAUACUACCUUAUCUUACAUCAAUCUCCUGAACUGGUUCACCGAUUUUACCAUGAUAGUAGUAAACUUGGUCGACCCGAAGAAAAUGGCAUCAUGAGUAUCACGACGACUAUGCAAGCCAUCAACGAUAAAAUAAUAGCACUUGGGUAUGGAGAAUUCACAGCAGAGAUAACAAGUGUGGAUGCACAGGACUCUCACAGUGGAGGAGUACUUGUUCUUGUAACUGGUUAUUUAACUUUAAAGGACAAAGUGGGGCGGAAAUUCACUCAAACUUUCUUUUUGGCUCCUCAAGACAAGGGCUAUUUUGUUUUAAAUGAUAUGUUUAGAUACGUUGAUGAUGGCAUACAGGAAAGUGGGAGCCAAGAUCUAGUUAAUAAUAGUGAAACCUCUCUCGAUCCUGAGAAAGAUUCUUCACCUGCUUUGGAGAAUCACAUUGAACAAUUGGAACCAUUUCCAGAAGAAGCUAAUGGCCAAUUGUGCAAUCCUUCUGAGGAUGGUGAUGGUUCUAAUGAAGAAGAGGAAGCACCAGUGGCCGAGGUUGUCGAUGAUUCACAGAUGGUUGCUGAUUCUAACUCCAAGAUCGAGGAAGUGCCAAAGAAAUCAUAUGCAUCUAUUCUGAAGGUUGUGAAGGAGAAUGCAAUCCAUGUAUCAAUCCCUACACAUUCCCCUGUGAAGUCUUCAGCAAAAUCUCAUGAGCAACCAAGAUCUGCUGCACCACCAGCUGCUCCUGCAACAGUAUCCGAUUCACAAGUUUCCAGCAACAAUGGUGUAGAAAAUGAGAAUAAUCUAGAUGUGGAAGCUGAAGGUCCCUCUAUCUACAUCAAAGGUUUACCUUUGAAUGCUACACCUAGCAUGCUGGAGAAUGAAUUUAUAAAGUUUGGACCUAUUAAGAGUGGUGGUAUUCAAGUUCGAAGCCAGAAGGGUUUCUGUUUUGGUUUCGUGGAAUUCGAAAUGGCAAGUUCUGUGCAAAGCGCUAUUGAGGCUUCUCCUAUUAAUAUUGGUGGGCGUAAAGCAGUUGUUGAAGAAAAACGAUCAACUUCUCGAGGUAACAGAGGUCGGUCUUCAUCUGGAUCUAGGGUUGGAUACAGAAAUGAGGGAGCAAGAGGGCGUGGAAACUACAAUGGUGGAAGGGGCUAUGGCCGGGGUGAGUUUGGUAAUAGGAGCAACAAUCGAGGAGGAUAUUUCAACCGGGGAGGUGAUGGAUAUCAGAGGGGUGAGCACAUGGGAAAUGGUAAUGGUGGCCGUGAGAGUCGCACUGGUGGGCUAGCCAAGAAUGUAGCACCAACUUUAUCUGCCCCUGCUUGAAGAAAUUAAUUUAGGAGUUGUCCGCAGAAUGGCAAAAGAUUUUAGAUUUGGGUUUACAGGGUAGUUAGCAGAAAGAACUCAGUUUGCUUUGCGAUGAGAUUUGUCAAUGAGGGUUUAUAACAAAGAAGGGUUUUGGGUGGUCGUGCAUGGUAGAUUAAAUUCUUGUUAACUGAGCUACUGUUAUUGUUCAGGCUUUUCGGGGCACAUUUACC